UUCUGUUUCAUUUCUGUCUUCCAUUAUCUGUUGGCUUCAACUCGGCAAUUAUUUUUAUUUUUAUUUUUAUUUUUUUGUGUGUGUUCAGAAUUUUGGUUCUUCCAUGGCGUGGGGUCGUCUUGGAUCAUUGUUUUCCUUUUGUAAUUUCAGGAGUGUCUUUCAGGUGAGUGGUGAACAAAGGCAGAUUGAUCUUGGUGCGCACACAAUAAAAUCCCAUGGCGCCGCGGUCGCGAGGAACCACAUGCAUGAUUGGACUAUACUGGUGUUUCUUGGAGUGAUUGAGAUCAUUCUGUAUGCCAUUCAUCCGUUUUACCGCUUUGUCGGAAAAGACAUGAUGGAUGACCUCAAAUACCCCAUGAAGGACAACACUGUGCCGGUUUGGGCUGUCCCGAUGUACGCAGUUUUGUUGCCUAUUGUCGUUUUCCUUCUGUUCUAUUGGCGUAGGAGAUGUGUCUAUGAUCUGCACCACAGCAUUCUAGGCCUUUUAUUUGCUGUGCUGAUUACCGGGGUCAUCACGGAUGCGAUAAAGAAUGCAGUUGGUCGGCCUCGGCCAGACUUUUUUUGGCGAUGUUUUCCUGAUGGAGUUGAGGCAUAUGACCAAUGGGGAGAUGUAAUAUGUCAUGGUAAAGAUAGUGACAUAAAGGAAGGACAUAAGAGCUUCCCAAGUGGUCAUACUUCAUGGUCAUUUGCAGGAUUAGGCUUUUUGUCCUUGUACUUGUCAGGAAAGAUUAAAGCGUUUGAUAGAAGAGGGCAUGUUGCAAAACUGUGCAUUGUUUUCCUUCCUCUUCUUGUGGCAUCUCUAGUUGGAGUUUCGAGAGUCGACGACUAUUGGCACCAUUGGCAAGACGUGUUCGCCGGAGGGAUUCUAGGGCUUGUUGUGGCUACAUUUUGCUAUUGUCAGUUCUUCGCUCUUCCUUACCAUGAACAAGGAUGGAGACCUUAUGCAUACUUCAGGGCAUUGGAGGAGUCACGUGGCAAUUCAACUGCAGUGGGUCCUACAAAUUCAAUGAAUGUGCAAUAUCAUCAGAACUCAAAUGGACAAUCAAGGGGCCCUAAUGGUGAAAUGUUCACGGCAUUCUCUCUGGACCAAAACUCAAGAUCAACUUUGGAUGACCCAGAAUUAGGAAGAAGAUGAUCAUGGUCAUGUAUGAUUUUGCUCUCUUUGUUAUUUGUUUGUUGCUUUGUAUAUAUAUACGUGUGUGUGUGACAAUUCUAGUUAGCUUCUUCUCUUGCGUUCACUCUGUUUUUAGCACCAUAUAUACAACUAGCUAGUUUGUUUUAUUAUUGCAGUUUGUAUAAAGUACGAGUCUGAUUCCGUCUGUU